CGCCGACGUUUCCCCACCUCCUCAAUCUCCACUCCGCCACUCCUCAUCACACGCCAUCAUGUCCCUCCGUGCAGCAGCUUCGAGCGCCCUCCGUGGCGCAACUAGGUCAUCACGCGGUGUCGUCGCCAGCUCGUCAUCAGCCCGCGCUAUCAGCACAUCGGCGCCGCGAGCUUCGGACUCCAUCUUCGUUCAUCGCGAUACCGAUUACAACAACCCGUCGAUCCCCUUCAAAUUCAAUGACCAGAUGCUCGCCCAAGCGAAAGAAAUCAUCUCGCACUACCCUCCUCAGUACAAGAAGGCUGCCGUCAUUCCGCUCUUGGACUUGGGGCAGAGGCAGAACAGCGGCUGGACGUCGAUUAGCGUCAUGAACUACGUAGCGGAGCUGCUCGAGAUGCCUAGGAUGAGGGUGUACGAGGUUGCGUCUUUCUACACGAUGUUCAACCGCGAGCCCGUAGGCAAGUACUUCAUCCAGCUCUGCACCACGACCCCCUGCGCCCUCCGUGGUGCCUCCCCCGGCUUCUCCUCAUUCGUCCAACCGGGCGAGUCCAUCUUGGAGACCAUGGUCUCGCACCUGGGUAUCAAGCCCGGCCAGACGACCAAGGACGGUAUGUUCACGCUCCUCGAGGUUGAGUGCCUGGGAGCGUGCGCCAAUGCACCGAUGGCGCAGGUUAAUGACUUCUUCUACGAGGAUCUGACCCCGGAGACGACGAGGAAGUUGUUGGAUGACUUGAAGGCGGGCAAGGUUGUCAAGGCUGGUCCGCAGGGUGGGGUGAGGCAUACGAGUGAGGCGGCUACUGGAAGGACCGCCCUUACGUCGAAGCCGACAGGCACGGAAGUCUUCAGGGCUGACUUUGCUUGAUCAUCGUCUCUCUCAUGCGUCUCGUGUAUCUCUCAUAUCCUCUCAUACGUCUCGAUGUGAA